AUGGCAGCAAAUUUUUGGGCUUCUACACAUUGUCAUAAUUGGUUACUUAGCAAACAGCAACUUUUGGAUAGUAGACAAGAAGAUUUAAAAUAUAUAAGUCAAAGUGAAUUGUAUAAAUUAAAUAUAUGGUUUGCUUAUGUAAUGACAGAACUUGGUAGGCGAUUAAAUGUAAGACAGGUUAUCAUAUCAACAGCAAUUACAUACUUUAAAAGAUUUUAUGUAAAAAAUUCAUAUAGAAAUACUGAGCCAAUGUUAGUAUUGACAGCGUGUAUGUAUUUAGCAAGUAAAAUUGAAGAAUUUCCACUUCAUAUUAAGACGGUUAUUGCUGAGACAAGAGGACUUAAAAUAAAUGGAUUUACUUAUGACAAUCAAAAAGUAGCAGAAAUGGAAUUUUAUUUAUUAGAAGAGUUGAAUUUUAAUAUGGUAGUUUUUCAUCCCUAUCGUUCACUUAUUCAAAUUUCAAAAGAUUUUGGAACAAAACAUGAAGAUGUUAAAAUGGCAUCUUAUAUAAUAAAUGAUACAUAUAGAACAGAUUUAUGUUUAUCAUAUCCACCAUACGUUAUUGCAAAUUUAGGCGAAUUAGAAGUAGAUAAUAUGGACCUGCUCGGCGUAGACGAUCUAAAUCCUACAAUGGCAGAUCCACGAGAUACUAAUCAAACGGGAAGUCACUCUUUAUUGGCUAAAUUAAGCGGGCCUGAUGCUCUUGAUACAUUAAUAGAAUACAUUACUUUAACCCAAGAUACAAAAGGAGUUUUUGAUAUAUUAUCAUCCUAUUACAUAGGGACACCAUCAAAGAUUAAAUAUAUGAAGCAAUUGUAUGAUUUAUAUGUUAAGGAUGAGACUGAUCCUCAAAAUAUUAUGCAUGAAGUAUUAAAAGAAAUAGUAAUUGAAAAUUAUGACAAUGAAAAAAUGGAUAAUGCAUUGAAAAAUGAUAGCGAGGAUUUGAAUCCUGUUUUAAAGCUUAUUGAUAAACCUUUUUGGCGUAAAACUAUUUAUGAUUUAUCGGAUAAAUAUCCAGAUAGCUAUUUUCUUAAUUCUGUAAUUCAGAGAAUUGCAGAUAAAGGGUACACAGACGAAAUCAAAAAUCUUAAAAGUGCAUCAGCAUAUGUUAGUGUUUAUUCCAAGGUCAUACUUAACCAAUUUAAAAUAUUACUACUUAAAGAUGAUGAUGCUAGUUUAAAUGUAGAAAUACCAGAACUAAUGAAAACUGUUAGUUUAAAUCCCCAUACAUAUAUUUUUGUUCAAGCAUUGAUAAAACGUAUAAUUCAAUCAAUGAACGGGUAUGCUUUUAGAAGAAUUUAUAAAGAAUUAGAAAAGGGUAUUACGCGAGUUAUUAAUAAAGAUCAUGUUCACAUUUUGAGAACUUUAGUUAUGGCACCUCCAGCUCAAAUUUCAUCAGCUAUAGCAAAAAUACCACUAACGCCUGGCGAUGUGGUGGCGUUGCACAAGUCAUAUUCUUCUCCAAAUCCUCCGCCGCCCGUAUUCCUUCGAGAUCCUCAAUUAUUAUAUUUUAUUUUAAAUGCGAUAUAUGUUCCCUCUGAACAAAACAAAAAUUUCAAGCAAGACCUUAAAGAAAAAUAUCUAUAUUUAGCAGCUUUUGCAGCAAGUGCAAAAGAUCUUCCGGAUGGAACGAUAGACACUUCAAAAGUCAAUGACACAUUGAUAACUUUAAAAAAACUUGAAACCACUGUAACAAGAAGAGGAGUUACCGGUGUGGAGUUUAAUUCUGUUGUUAAGGAUUUUCUUGAAUAUAUGGAUAAACCAGUAGCAUCAAUGGGAAUUAUUUUUUGGAUCAGACAUGUCCUUCGGGAUACUUCAUUUUACGAGAAACAUUUUAAACAAAAUGAAGUACCGGUUCCCCAUUUAAUACUUGAGGAGAUCGCUUACAGGCAUUCAUAUCAAAGAAAUCAUAUCUUUAACGCGUUUAAAGGAGAUUUGGAACUGGAUAGUUUGAAAGUAACUCCGGAGAUGAUGUUUUUAAUUCGACAACAAUUACUGGAUAGAUUUCUCUAUUUGGUUCAACUAGGGUUCGUUAUGCAAGUUUUACAAUAUAUGGAGUCAAUGAUUAAAGGAUUAGACGAAAGAUUGUUGUUUUAUUUUGUUAGAAAGUUGAUUCAAAUGAGUGGCCCUCCAUAUAACGACCAGUUUUAUGGCUCGGUUCUGAGAUUACUUGAACCGGUUUCUGUUUUGAUGGAGAGUAAAUUGGAAACAAGACCAUUACUUAAACAAUUUAUUAAUGAUGCACCACGAAUAAAUAAUCGAGAGUCUUUAAAUAUCAUUGACAGAAUUAAAAGAUUGAUCGAUUAA